AUUCAUCAUCCAUCCAAUACCCCAACCCAACUGAUAUUCAAUACUACUACACUAUGCUGAGAGUAAGGGUUCAGUUGUUGCUGGGAAUUCUUUUCCUGGCAUCACUUUCUGUCUCUUUCGGCAUUGACCGGGAGCACCAAGAGAGCCAACAAGAGUCUGAUUCAAGAGGAGAAAAUAACCCCUUCUACUUCAGCUCCGACAGGAGGUUCCACACUCUAUUCACAAACCAAUAUGGUCACCUUCGGGUCCUCCACAGGUUCGACCAACGCUCCAAACAAAUUCAGAAUCUUGAAAACUACCGUGUGGUAGAGUUCAAGUCCAAACCCAACACCCUCCUUCUUCCUCACCAUGCUGAUGCCGAUUUCCUCCUAGUCGUCCUUAAUGGGAGAGCCAUACUCACUUUGGUGAACCCUGACAGCAGAGACUCCUACAUUCUUGAGCAAGGCCAUGCUCAGAAAAUCCCUGCAGGAACCACUUUCUUUUUGGUUAACCCUGACGACAACGAGAAUCUCAGAAUAAUCAAACUCGCCAUACCUGUUAACAACCCUCACAGAUUUCAAGACUUUUUCCUAUCUAGCACAGAAGCCCAACAAUCCUACUUGAGAGGCUUCAGCAAGAAUAUUCUAGAGGCCUCCUUCGAUAGCGACUUCAAGGAGAUAAACAGGGUUCUAUUUGGAGAGGAGAGACAACAGCAGCAAGGGGAAGAGAGUCAGCAAGAGGGAGUGAUUGUAGAACUUAAAAGGGAACAGAUUCAGGAACUGAUGAAACAUGCCAAAUCUAGUUCAAGGAAAGAACUCUCCUCCCAAGAUGAACCAUUCAACCUGAGAAACACCAAACCCAUCUACUCAAACAAAUUCGGAAGGUGGUAUGAGAUGACCCCAGAGAAAAACCCCCAACUUAAGGACUUGGACGUGUUCAUCAGUUCUGUGGAUAUGAAAGAGGGAGGCCUUCUUUUGCCACACUACAAUUCUAAGGCCAUAGUGAUAAUGGUGAUCAAUGAAGGAGAAGCAAAGAUUGAACUUGUUGGCCUAAGCGAUCAGCAGCAGCAGAAGCAGCAAGAGGAAAGCUUGGAAGUGCAGAGAUAUAGAGCUGAGUUGUCUGAAGACGAUGUAUUUGUAAUCCCAGCAGCUUAUCCAGUUGCCAUCAACGCAACCUCCAAUCUAAAUUUCUUUGCUUUCGGUAUCAAUGCUGAGAACAACCAG